UUCAAAUAAAGGACAUUGGUCAGUUUCAAAUAAAGGACACUGCUCUUGGAUUUCAACAUCCAAACAAGGGACUCUGAGUUAUGAGGAAUUGCAAGCCUUGGAUGACAUAUAAUUGGCAAAUGUUGUCAUAUUUGGAAACAAGGCAUUUUGACCAAUGCAGCAUCGGGCUUGUAAAACUUCUGUAGCCAAGCAAGAUUGCUUUAUUCUCAUGCCCACUGGAGGUGGUAAAAGUUUAUGUUACCAGUGUAGUCAAUGGGGACACGAUUUUCGUCCAGAUUAUAGGGGACUGGGAUGUCUCAAGCAGAACUUUGCGUAUGUCCCAGUGAUGGCCUUAACUGCAACUGCCACUCAGUCAGUUCGUGAGGAUAUCCUAAAAGCUCUUGGGAUUCCUGGUGGUCUUGUUCUUGAGACAAGCUUUGACAGACCAAAUCUAAAAUAUGAGGUCAUAGCUAAGACCAAGGAACCACUGAAGCAGCUUGGAAAGCUGCUAAAGAAUCGUUUUGCUAAUUUUUUUGGCAUAGUAUAUUGCCUUUCAAAGAGUGAGUGUGUUGAUGUUGCUGGAUUAGUAGCCCGUCAAACAGUAGCUUUUCAAAAGAAAUGGCAUACUAGAGAGGUCCAGAUUAUAUGUGCUACCAUUGCCUUUGGGAUGUGA